AUGGAAGACGACGGCCUACUGAUAAAUUUCAAGUCGUCUGGCGAUGCUAAACCUGCCCCUGUGAAGGCUAGUGGACGCUGGAAAGAUCGAAGAAAAAGUCUCAAGCAAGCACGGAAGCAGGGGGGAGUAGCAGACGGCCGGGUAGCUAAGGCCCCGCGUCCUGAACCUAAAGCUCAGAUCAAAAAGCCGGCGGUUAAAAAGGUUUCAAAGCCCAUUGUGGGGCCAACAAAGCAAGUUUCAACAAAUCCCCAGGAUAAGGAUACGUUUCUGUCUUCUUUGUUCACUUCAAACCCGGAGAUCACUGGUGAAGCCUCGUCCAAGGAGGCCGGAGAAGUCACUAAUGCUCCGAUGCGAGAUGAGAUCUUCCCUGAUCUGGGUGUUCCACCAGCUAUGUGCAAUUUGUUGAGCAAGAUGAAUGUUGAGCGGCCGACUCGAAUUCAAAGACAGGCGAUCCCUGUGUUGGCUCAAGAGAAGGACGCUCUGGUGAUUGCCCAGACGGGCUCAGGCAAAACGCUGGCGUAUUUGCUUCCUAUUAUCAGUCGUUUGAUGAAACAGCCCGAUCUACAUCGAGAGAGCGGAAUAUUCGCUGUCAUUCUUGCCCCGACUCGCGAAUUGGCUACCCAAAUCUACCAGGUCCUGGAAGAACUGGUUCGAUGCUGUCAUUGGCUUGUGCCCGGUAUUGUCAUCGGAGGAGAAAAACGUAAAAGUGAAAAAGCUCGUCUCAGAAAGGGUGUGAAUAUUCUUGUGGGUACCCCGGGCCGUUUAGCUGAUCAUUUUGACAAUACCCGUAGUCUUGAUUUGGCCGAAGUGCGCUGGGUCGUGCUCGACGAAGGUGAUCGGCUGGUGGAGUUGGGGUUCGAGGAAACUUUGACAAAGAUCAUUGAGCAAAUUGCUGCGGCGUCUCAAUUGUCUCAAAGCCGCUACAGGGCUCUUCCUUCUACCCGCACCCAUGUGCUGUGCUCUGCCACCAUGACCAGCAGUAUUGAGAGGUUGAAAACAAUGACACUGCGCGAUCCCAUUUGGAUCAAAGAAGAACAGGCUGAAGCAGGAGAAUUUGCACCGGCGCAACUCCAACAAAGCGUUGCCGUGGUGCCAGCAAAGCUUCGUCUUGUUACUCUGGCCGCUGCUCUCAAACGGAAAGCAUCAAAGACCAGCAAAGCAAUCGUCUUCUUCAGCUGUUCAGACUCUGUCGAUUUUCAUUACGCUGCGUUGACCUCAGAUGAUAAUGAGGAAAUUGAUCUGGACAAGGACGAGGACGACAACCCGCAGACGGCGGCAAAGCGGCCGCUGGGAGCCGGCGGAAAGCGAAUUGGUCGCCAGACCGCCGUGUUCAAGCUCCAUGGCUCUCUGUCACAAUCGCAGCGUGCUACAACGCUCUCUGCUUUCUCUGCAAGUAAAAAUUUUGCUGUUCUCUUGUGCACAGAUGUCGCUUCGCGAGGCAUCGACGUUCAGGUCGACUACGUUGUAGAGUACGAUCCGCCUUUCGCAGUUGAAGACCACAUUCAUCGUGUCGGUCGUACUGCACGCGCUGGACGCUCUGGUUUUGCUUUACUGUUUGUUCUACCUGGGUCUGAAGAAAAGUACGCUACGGAAAAAAUCGCUGCUGUGCACCCAGCAGGCGUCAGCUACGAAACUUACCAGCAGCUCUUGGAGCAUUCAUUCGGCCGCCGAUGGGAAAACGACGCGACCACAUGGCACCUGAAUGUUGAGAGGUGGAUUCUGCGGGAUGAGUCGGCCCACGAGAUGGCGAAACGUGCGUUCAUGUCUCACGUCGGAGCCUACGCUACCCACGUCUCGGCGGAGAGGGUAUAUUUUGGUAUCAAGAACUUGCAUUUAGGCCAUAUCGCCAAGGCAUUUGGGCUUCGUGAAACACCCGGCAAGGUCAGCUCUCAAAAUGCGAGUGGCCCAAGGCUCAAGAAACCCAAAAUGUCAACAGAAAGAGCCAUGAUGCAGGCUGCUGCGAAACACUCUAAUAUGAGCGACUAUAAUAUCAUGUGA